CAAAAUCUGAGGGCUUGAAUUAUUCAAUGAAACCUAAAAGAAAACAAAAUCAAAAAAUGAUUUCGUUGUUGUCUCCUUUGUUCGUACAAGCACUCAAAGUCACACGGGCGAAUAUGUAGCAUCGCUUAUGCAAAAAUAACUUUAGACAAGGAGUUGAAGCAGAUAUUUAUAAUCCCAGGUAAUCCCAGAAGAUCUGGGUACGGGUACUCGGAGAUUACUGACCCUCCCCUCCCCAAUCAGCCAAUACAGUAAACACGUCUUUUGGUCAGCGGUUGAACACCAGACAGCUGUCAUGGCGUCCACUCGAGCUGCAGCUUGUUCAAUUUUCAUUUGCAAAUAGUUAGACUUUGCAAAGCCUUAGAACACGAAAAUGAACGUCGAACGAAUUAUCUUCCCUGGACCGUUGUGUGCACCUCUUGCCUACGACCCUUCAUUCAAAGUGGAGGUUCGACUUCAUGAACCACUUUGGAAGGUUCAGUUCUCUCCAGACGAUGUUGCCAUUGAGGUUUUAACUUUGUGCUCCCAACUGGAGCCCCUUUGCAAGAAAGAAUACGCUACAACUCUGGGCAAGAUUGAUGCAGCUCAUAAAGUGGAAUAUCAAAAUAAGUUUGAACCAAAAGCUCAAGUACUUUUUGAGAAAAUGCGGGAAAUGAUUCACUUUCUCCCAGACCCCAGACCAACACUGAAAGAGUACCUUAGACAGACUGGAUUGUCAUUACUGUUUCCAAGAGUCACUUCUUAUUUAACAAAUCCUGAGAGGCCGGCAUUUCAAACUCAGAAAUCCUCUAUGGAUGGGUAUUUUCUGCACCUUGGAAUGUUGAACCAGCUUAUAACCCUGAGUCACCAGCUGAACAGUGAUGCAUUCAACCUCACAAAUCACAAAUACAUGGCUCAUCAGACAGCGCUGCUAUAUCAAUCAGUUAAUCAGGCUGGCUCACCCAUGACAGAUUACAAAAAGAACAUUGAAUCUAAUUUCAAAAGUUUGAAAGCUGGUUUAGUUCCAAAAGACAAGGAGUCUGUACCAAAGCUUCCACAGGCACAAAAAGAAUGGAUUAGCAAUGUCACAGCCAAUAUUCUUGACAGUGUCCAUUCCUUGCCACCAGGCCUCACUCAACCCAUGAUAUCAGCCAUGAGUUUUGUUGAACAGCAGAGACAGUAAAAUAACUUUUUAAACGUAGCUUGGUAGGCAUUUGCUGUGGUCUAAAAUUGCAAAUCUGGGAAUUUGAGUGGCUCUCCCACUGAUCAUUAAUGAUUUACUAAAAGUCAGUGACCUAUAGCAUUAAUAACGUUAUGUAAUCCUAUUGAACAUAUUUAUAUUUGAAUUCCCACUAGUCACAUGCAUUGAUCAGCACAAGAUAUGGACCAGAAGUUUGUUUUUUUUGGUUUUCUAGUAUACAAAUCAGCUCCACCACUGUGUUGAAAUUACCCUAAAAUUUAUGUUUUAUGAUAAAAAUGGCUUUCCCUUAAUAUCUUUCCUUUGUUUUGAGCAAUUAGACCACAGCAGAAAACGUAUUCUACAGUCAAAGUUUAUGUUUACAGCCCAAUUCUCCACUUAAGGAGACUAGAACAGUGAUGUCAAACUAAGUUUACUUCUGGAGCAGGGUCUAAAUUGGUCGAGUCUAAUGGAAGAAAGACAGAAUUUGAAUUACAUGUAGGUAAAUUUGAUUUACAACAAGAAUUACGUGCAUCUUGAAUACCAUAUCAUAAUUAAACGCACUGUUUGCAUCUAGUGUGGAGUUAUUUCAUUAAACUAGAGUGAUUGCACACAUCAUAUUCCUUUAGGCAGUGUGUUUUGAUUACAAUUAUUAUGAAUUCCUUACUUUACAAUUGCCUUGAAGAAAACUGCAAACUAAUGGUCUUGGAAAGAAUAAAUAUUUCUGCUUUAGGUCUUAUUACAAUAAUGUAAGGUCUUUGUUGUGGUUCAAUGGUUUCAUAUACAUUAUAACAUCUCACCAUAUAUAUUAUACAAGAACAAAGAAAAAAUACAAGCUUUCCCAAGGGUAAAAUAAUUAUGAAACCAUGACAUCUGUUUCAAUUAAUAUGUCUCUGACAGUAGGUAAUGUAUUGAAAAUAAUAAGUUGUAUUAUGCUUAGACUUAUCAGGUAAAGAGGAAAAAUCCAUUUUGAAAAAAAAUCGAGAAGUAAUAUAUCAAACACAAGAGACAGUGUUCCGUGGGGAUAUCCAAACACCGAGAAGGGAGUUGAAAAUACGACGCGUAGCGGAGUAUUUUUGACGAAAUUCGAGGUGUUUGGAUAGUCGGGGAAACACGGUCUUUCUUAGUAGUUGCAGUAAAACAAAGAGGCCGUAGCAGUGUAAGAGAAGACGACUCUCCAUUUGUAUUAUUUCAUAACCAGUGAAAAAUGAGCCCUUACACAAUCUUUCUGAAAUAGGCGAGACUACCGCUACCUGUGUUGUAAAAUUCUCCCAACCUUGUAUUAUAAGAAACAUGAGAACUAUUAAAGAGAAUUCGAUUUUACAAUCAGAUUUCUCAGCCCUCAACUAGCUAUGCAAUCCUCUAGCACAUGCACAUAUCAGAAUUUAAUGAGGGUUGUGAAUAAUCGUUUGAGGGACGGUAUAUUUAAGGUGUUGGAAAAUAAAAUAUGAAGGCAUGUAUAGCUAUGGAAUGAUAAUUUCUUCUAAUUUAUUUAUUUUAUUUGUUUUGUAAGAUAUUUGACUUAGCUAGCGAGGAUGCAUAAAGAUUUUGAAUAAAUUGCACAUGCCGAAGGGAGAGUCUUAUUUGCCUCCCUUGAUUUGCUGUGU